CCCUCAUGGGUUAACAGACCGCUAUUCUCAGAUCCGGACAAGUGCGGCCUUAUAAAAAGCAGCGGACUGCAGCGCAAAGGACACUGAUUUCUACUGGAAGGGAGCUGAAUGGACUGCGCCAACAAUUGGAUGUAGAUCUGUGCCACAUAGAGCCCGCUUUACUGUGACACGACUGCAGAAAGGCUUCCACGAGUUCCCAAAGUGGCAUCUUAUGGCUGUCUAGAGUUCCACACCAGCCGCACUCAGACCACAACAUGAAUUUGUCAGGCCUGCUCAUCGCCUGCUCCUGUUUGAUCCUUGGAUGCUCGGGGAAGCCGCAGAUCCCUGAACAGGAGAAAGAUCCAAAGUACUGGAACAACUGGGCUCAGCAGACGCUGAAGAACGCCUUGAAGCUGCAAAGUCUUAACAUAAACAAAGCGAAAAAUCUGAUCCUCUUCCUCGGAGAUGGGAUGGGCGUUCCCACGGUGACGGCAGCUCGAAUACUGAAGGGUCAGCUGAAUGGAAAGACCGGAGAAGAGACCCAGCUGGAGAUGGACAAGUUCCCUUUUGUUUCUUUGGCCAAGACAUACAACACUAAUGCGCAGGUCCCGGACAGCGCAGGCACAGCCACCGCCUUCCUCUGUGGGGUCAAAGCAAACGAGGGCACGGUUGGUGUGAGUGCAGCUGCGGUCCGCUCCCAAUGUAACACCACAGAGGGCAACGAGGUCACCUCCAUCCUCAAAUGGGCGAAGGAUGCAAGAAAGUCCGUGGGAAUUGUGACAACAACACGUCUUACCCACGCAACUCCAAGUGCUGCCUACGCCCACUGUGUAGACAGAGAUUGGUACUCCGACAAUGAGAUGCCACCUGAAGCCCUGCAGUCCGGCUGCAAGGAUAUUGCCAGACAACUUUUUGAAAACAUUCCCAACAUCGAUGUGCUUAUGGGUGGAGGGAGGAAAUAUAUGCAUCCCAAGAACAUGUCAGAUGUAGAAUACCCGAAUCAAGCAAAGCACAGCGGCACACGAAACGAUGGAAGAAACUUGGUGGAAGAAUGGAAAGCAAGAAUGAAGGAUAAGAAGGCCCAUUAUGUAUGGAACAAGAAUCAGCUCCUAUCUCUGGACCCUAGAAAUGUGGAUUACUUGCUGGGUAUUUUUGAACCUAAUGAUAUGUCUUACGAUUUGGAGAGGAACAGUGACACUGAUCCUUCACUAACAGAAAUGGUGGAUGUAGCCAUCAAGAUCCUAAAGAAGAACCCCAAUGGAUUUUACCUCCUUGUGGAAGGAGGACGCAUUGACCAUGGUCACCAUGAGGGUAAGGCCAAGCAGGCUUUGCAUGAAGCUGUGGAAAUGGAUCGAGCCAUUGGCCGGGCAGAUCUGCUGACCAGUACACUUGACACGCUGACCGUUGUUACCGCAGACCAUUCACAUGUGUUCAGCUUCGGAGGCUACACCCAUAGAGGGAGCACAAUAUUUGGCCUGGCCCCUAUGUCAAGUGAUAUUGAUCAGAAGCCUUUCACCUCCAUUUUGUAUGGAAAUGGACCUGGCUACAAACUUGUCAAUGGGGCACGAGAGAAUGUUUCCACAAUUAAAUACGAGGAUAACAACUACAGAGCCCAGUCAGCUGUACCUCUGAACUACGAGACUCAUGGAGGGGAGGACGUGGCUGUCUUUGCUAAAGGUCCCCUAGCUCAUCUGCUGCAUGGAGUCCAUGAGCAAAACUACAUUCCCCAUGUGAUGGCAUAUGCGGCUUGUAUUGGCCAGAACAAGGAUCAUUGUUAUUCAAAGGAUGGAGCAGUGGGCUUAAAGCCAGUGUUUUCAAGCAUUGCAACCAUUCUAACAAUCACUCGGCUCCUGUGCUGACCCCCCACAGGCACUGUUUUCCAUCAAUAUUGUUCUUAACCGGUUUCCUAUUUCAAGAUUUUUUUAUGUAGUGUUUUUCAUUUUGUAAUGUCUCCAUAUGAUAUUUUUAUAAUGAGACUGAGUUUUACAUAAUUAAUCAAGAAAAUUGUGAGUUCCUAUUCAGCAAUGCCUGAAUUUAUGUAGAUUGAUUUAUCAAAAAAAAAAGGAGGUUCAAACCAGCAACAACUGCUGAGCCAAAAAUAGGACACGUUAACAGCAAGCAUUUUCUCUCCUGGCUGUUUCAGCAGUUCAGUGAAGAGGGCUGGCAGAGGGUUGAUCAACCAUAUAGUCCUAGGGGGAGUUAAAGGGAUUUGUCAGCUCACUUCAGUUGUUUCAUCUUUUAUGAAAAAAAAAAAUGAUUCUGCUUCAAGUCAAAGGGGAACAUACCACUUUAACUAUUUCUCUCUUAUAGAACAAUACACAAUACUUGCAUACGUUUUAGGGGUGUGUGAAAAGGUGCUGUAAACAACAAAAGCUUUCAAAAACUGAAGUGUACUCAUUUUUAUUUAAAAGAUCUAAAACAUUCAUUGAAUGAACAAAGAAAUCUAAAUCAAAUCGACAUUGGUGUGUCUUCCUCUUACUUUAAAACCACAUCAAUUUUUGUAGGUAUACUUUCACACAGUUUUCAAAAGAACUAAAAAAUACAUUUGGGGCCAAUUAUGUGUCUCUGAUCUGUCUUGUAUGAUGGAUAAAUAUCUGCCUGUAUUUUAUCAGUACUGAGAACAAUGGUAAUCCUGACCAAAUCUGCUAUUUGAAUUGAUUUAUGGAAUGAAGUCUCAAACGUUAAAAUAACGUACACCAUACUUCACUGUUACCUGUGGAUGCUCAUUAUUGUACUGUACUUUAGCCAUAUGAUGAACAAACUGCCUUCUGCUACAGCCAUAUAUUUUCCAUUGUUGGUAGUCACCUGCUGCCUAAAGGAACCCCCAGUUCCUUUUCUUUUUGCUUAUAUUUAAGUCAAUAGGCAAUAUAUCCACGUCAGAGGUAUUGCUUUUGUUGGCUGCAGCUGUUUCAUGAAUACCACUUCAGGCUUCUUCAGAUAGUAGAUAUUUCUGCUAGUUAUGUGCUGAUGGCAGUGAUAGACAUCUUACCAAUUAUGAAAGGAAAUAAGUUUGAUGCGUCUUUUAUCUGCCACACUGUUUCCUUGGCCAACCACUGCAUCCACAAUCCCCAACCUUGCAUGUUUCUUUAAAUUUCUUCAUUGUUUGAACAGCACAUCUUUAAAAAACCCAGUCUGUUUUGAAGUCUUUGUAAGAGAGAGACCUCAUCGGUGCAGUAUACCUUGGGUCUUGUUACUAUGCUCCCUCUUGCCAUGGCAUGAAGCUAUCUUUCACAACAUAACUUUGGUAGCAGAUUGUUUGUUCUUCACCCAUAUUUUAAGCUUCCUACACGUCUGUUUUUGUGUUAAUUCUUGACAGUGAUUCAACCUCUCUGGGAUAAUCAUUACACAUGUUGGUAUACCUGGUGGAUAAUACACCAGACUAUAAACCUAUAAAAUCCUUGACAUUGUGCGAGUGCACCUAAAGAUUGAUGCUAGUUUGAAGGAAAAAGCUAUUGACAUGCUUUAGUUACUCUUUCUCGUUCUUUAUAUUUCUGAAAGCAAUGUUGGUCUACAGCUUUUUUUCCCACUUGCCUCAAAUGUUUGCAUAUAAAUGUAUAGGUAUAUUUAUAUAUAUAUAUAUAAAACUCCAGAAGCCGUGCCAAGAGUUCAGCACAAGAGGACUGUUCUGACUGAAUGAUUACUUCAACCGCUCGACUCCUUAGGAACACCUCGCCUGCUCAAAAACUUAAAUACAAAAUAGUAUGUUUGCCAAUCAGCAUCAAGUAGCUAGCUAUACGACCUGAAAUAUUUAGGCGAGUUAUCCAAUCAGUGCUCUACAUUCUCGCUGCUUACCUCGAUAGACCGAGGCUCAAACCUCAGGGAUUUCUCUUUAACACUCUGAAAGUGUCCAAGAGCGGAAUCAACAGCGAAUUAAUGCACAACAUACUCAUGAAAUCAGGCGCAUUUAGCACAUAUUUAAUGCAGUUAAUGACUAAAUUUAUAAAGUUUGACGAUGCAUAUUUUACAAAUAAAUUUAUUAAAUUUACGCAGGAGGAUUAGCAUUAUUAUAUAUAUGCGCUGUAAAGUAUUCGCUCACUUGCCUUGACUUGCAUUUGAACUUUUAACAACAUCCCCUUCUUAAUCCAUUAAACCUCCAUUAAAUCUAGAUUGUGACAUGAUGUUGAUCCAUCCUUUGCUGUUUUAACUUAAACUCAGUGGGUUGUUCACAAGGUUUAUCAUUGUGUUUAUGGGAACUUCUUCUAGGGGCACAUUUGUGAGGUCAUAGACUGAUAUUGGACAAGAAGGCCUUGCUUUCAAUCUUUGCUCUAUUUUAUCCUAAAGGUGUUCUAUCAAGUAAAUGACCAGACUUUAUGCAGGUCAGGCAAACUCAUCCACACCAAACUCCUUCAUCCAUGUAUUAGUGAACUGGUGCUCAGCCAUCUCCUAGCUGUCCCUACAAAGUUAGGAGAAUAUUGUGCAAAAUCUCUUGGAAUGCAGAAGCCCACAUGGCAGCACCCAAUCAAACGAGUAGGGGUGUCAGGAUCAGAUAUUAAUGUCGGAUUAAAUUGGUUGGCAAAUAAAAUUUCUGAUAUUGGCAUGCUGAUAAUAAAACACUCUGCUUCUAUUUAAAGUUUCUGUAACUCAUUGGUUAAUAUUACAUGGGUCGGUUAAUCUCAUAAUUUUUGUUCUCUAUUUUAGUAAUAUUACUUGAUGAAGUCUUUCUUAACAUUCUAGAGUACACAAUAACUAAUAGAUGAAUGGAUUAUUGAUAUUAGUCAAUUCUGAAAGCUUCAAUAUCGGUAUCGUAUCGGAAAUUAAAAAGCUGUAUUGGGACAGCCAUACAUACAAGUACUCUCUUUUUGGCAACAGCCAAACCGAGACUAGUCCAUCGCAAUGCCAGUUGGAGAACCCAGUUUUGUCGCUAAAGAGGCUGCUCUAUAGUCGAGGAUGUCUGGCUUUAAAGUGGAGAUGAAAUGGUCAACCAAUUAACUUGAUUUACGAGAUUGUGUUUUACUAUCAACAAUAAUGAUAUUACAAACAUUAAAAAUAUAAACAUAUAAAAGAAAAAACUGAGUGUUGUUUAUAAUUUUUUGGCAUUGGCAGCACCAUGUUGCAGUAAUCAAAGUGGUGGUGCCACAGAAGGGUUGGUUGGGUGUUUAGCUAUUAUUUGAUUUCAUUGGUAAUCACAGCUGUACGCCUACCUAACAAACGUAAACCACUAAUGAAAUUCAGUAUGAUGGAAGAGGAAGUUGAAAGUCCCAUAUGCUAUUAAGCCCAUUCUUCGUUUGACCUGGGCCCUGGAGAGCAGAGAAGCUACGAAAGCUGUUUGUGAAGGUUAUGUAGAGCAGAAGACUUUUUAGUCUAAAAAGUUAGCGGCCCAGUAGACAAUCAGAAUUCAGCCUGAAGCUGCUCUCAGUGUUUUUAAUUUUACCACCUAUAAGCUAAACUUUACUGUAAGUAGAGUCUACCCACACACUCUGACAGCGAGUCAGCUGCAUCAAUCUGCUGCAAUGAAUCAAUCUGUGCAAAAACACGCUAAGUAGGCAGGGCAGAGACAGGUAAAGUUUUGUUGGCAGGUACUAAAUCAUCAACUGUGUUUCUUCACUCCAAACAAACAUCGAUUCCUGGAACCUCCAACAUUGUCCCUAUUUUAACCUCUUAUUAACACCCUUUUUUAAUGUAGCUCCAACAGCAGUCAUCAGAAUGAACACAUCUCUGAAGGACAGGGUCCCUUAGCCACAGGCAACAACUGCCGGUGUUCUGUCAGAUCAGCAAAGCCCGUCAGACCAGCAUGCCCAUAGUCAAAACGCAUGCACAAGAUGUCAGAUGCAUACUUCUAACACAGUGUAAGGACGUCUACUAGGCUACUUUAUUUGUGAUGUAAUAAACAAAAAUUUUUUAUCUGAGGUGAAGAGAAUUUAAAACAAAAACUGCUUUAAACUCAGACAGCCUCGCUCUCUGUGGUCGCUAUUUCACUUCCUGACGUAGAUGCUAACCUGUCAGAUUGUCGUACAACGGCUAAGUCAGGGAUGUCAAACUUGUUCCCGAAAAGAGCGUGUGGCUGCAGGUUUUCUUUCCAACCAAGCAAUAGCACACCAGACUCCAGACAUCUCAUUAAGUGAGCCAAACUGAACACGAUGACUUUAUGAGCUGUGUGGUGUCUGGUGUUUGGUUGGAAAGAAAACCUGCAGCCACACGACCCUUUCAGGAAUCUGUUUGACACCCCUGGGUUAAGUGUAUUCUGAUAUGGCUGCAGAUUGAUC